UGAUUGAUCGCCUGGCAUCACUCAACUUGGCACUCACUAAAUUGACUAAAUCCAGGAGGCCACACUACUAGAUCUAGAUCUAAUCACUACUUUCAACUUACCACCUUUGCACCACAUAAACAAAAAUGGAUGACUUUUAUGAUGAUUAUAUGGAUCCAGACAUGAUGUCAAAUGAUUUUAGUGACCUCUCACAAGAGGAACUAUUAGAGUUGAUAGCCAGUCAAGGGGGACAGUUAACACCAGAAAUGAUGGAGUAUCUUCAGGCUCACCACAGACAUGGGAAAAUAACUCCUGGUGUGCAAGAACGUUUGCCUGUUUCUGAGGUGUUUCAAAAUUGUUUGAUCCCAACAUGGACCCAAGCAACUGAUAUGUUGUUGUCACUUUUUAUCUUUUGCAUAGUGUUCCGUACAAUUUGCCAAGUAAAUCAUAUUGGGCUAAAAUUUUUAACAGUACCACAAUGGGUAAUUCAUGCUUGCAGUGCCAUUUUAGGCAUUUUGGCUCUAAAAUCCUUUUUAAGUAUGGACCUGCUUUAUUUGGUUACAUGCUGUUUACUCAGUUAUCUAGUCCUCAUGUUUGUGCAUAAAUGGAAUCGAUCUUUGUGUGGCAUAGCAGCUCUUGUUUUCAUUGUUACUUUUUCCUUAAUUUGUGAAUUGUUAAUUGUUAAACCCACUUUAUGGCACAAAAUCAGAGGAGCUCACAUAAUCCUCUCUAUGAAGAUUAUCUCUCUUGGGGUUGAUAUUGGGGAAGAAGGAUCUGUUUUAAAUUUGCCAAAUAUAGUUGAGUAUAUGGGCUACUGUUUCAAUGUUGGAACAGUUGUUUUUGGACCAUGGGUCAGCUAUAGACAAUACUGUCAACUUUUGGACAAAGAAAGUAACCCCUUGAGCUUUACAUGGGCAAUUAAAGUCUUAAUCACUUCUUCCUUGGCAAUGGUGUCGCUUAUUUAUUCAAAUUGUUUCACUACAUGGAUAAUUCUUGAUGACGCCUGGAGAUGGUUGCUGGCCUACAGAGAUGCUCAGGCUUUUAGAUUCAGUCACUACUUCAUAAGUUUCCUCUCUGAUGCAACAUCUUCAUUGACUGGAAUAGCUGACAAAGAAGAGUCAGCACUUCAGUGGAAUGUAGUAAGACCACAUAAUAUUGAAAUACCCAGAUCAAUGGUUGAGGUUGUUACAAAUUGGAAUCUACCUAUGCAUUAUUGGCUUAAAACCUAUGUUUUUAAACGUGUCCGUCCAUAUGGAACUUUUUUAGCUAUUACUUUGACUUAUGUUGCAAGUUCCCUUUUACAUGGUUUAAAUUUCCAGUUAGCUGCUGUUCUAUUAUCUUUAGGAUUUUAUACUUAUACUGAGUUUGUAUUGAGGAGGCGUCUUUCUCAAAUAUUUGAUGCCUGCAUACAGGCCAGAAAAUGUAAAGAAAAAUGUGAGCACAAAUACACAAGUAAAAAUCCUCUUGUUAUAUUAACAAAUUUGUGCCUUGGAGCCCUUGCUGUCUUUCAUUUGGCUUACCUUGGAUUGAUGUUCAACAAUAGUGAUGACCAAGAUGUGGGUUAUACCAUGUCACACACCUUAGAAAAAUGGUCCAGCCUGCAGUUUUUAAGCCACUGGGUAGCUUUAGGAACAUUUAUAUUUUACUGGCUAAUUUAAAGAGCCAAGUGUUUGCUUGUUAAAAUUUUAUAUUCUGCUAAUGUAAAUUAGUUUUUUUAAAUUUAUAACUUUCUUUUCAUUUUGCAUGCUAUUUUAAAGCAUUUUAACAAAGUGAAUUUUGUUUGAGUUUAUUUUAGGUGCCAAACAUUUUCACAUAAUGCAUUUUAUGUUUAGUUUUUGUUGGUAAAAUUAGAUUUUGCAUUUAGUUAUUUUGUUGUAAACUGGUGAAUCUCUAGCUCAUGCUUAACUUACAAUACAAUCAAACAGUAAUGUUUCAAAAUGCUAUUUUUUAUUAUAUUUUUAAAUUAUAAAGCAACAUUUUUUCAACUACUUAUAUCAAUUGUUUCUAUCAAAAUUUUAUUGUUGAUAUUAAAAAUAAAGUUGUAAAUCUCAGUAUACCAUCUUGAACCAUUUUUACGUAAUCAUUUUAUAGCUGCCUGCAUUGAUUACUUCGUAUUUUAGAUUUAUAAAAUUCCUUUGGGAUUUAUUUAAUUUUAUUAUAAUGCUGUUUAAAUACUCAAUUUUUUUAACAAAGAAUUAUAGGAACAUUUUUAUUUUUCCAAAACUGUUGGGUUAAGAAUUGUCAAAUUUUUACAGCAAAUGAUCAAGAAUUAUUUCUCUAUUUACGCCACCAGAUUAAAAAAAAAUCUUCAUUGUUAAUACUUUUUAAAAUUUGAAAAAAAGUCUCAAGUUCAAACCCUCUGGCAGAUAAGGCUCGAUCCCUUCCAACACUAAAAAUUAAUGACAAAGAAGAAUACUUUUUAAAGGUUCUGCUGCACACAUGUCCAAAAAAAUGUUCGUUUUAAAAUAUGACUAAAAGUUUUUUUUUACAUUUUACAAGAAUGAUUUUAAUAUUCUUGUGAUAAAGCAUCUAAUUGCAAGAAGUUUGAAUUUUUUCUGUUUAUCCUUACAACCCUGAAAUCAAUCUCAGUCGACAAGUAAUUAAAAAGUUUGUCAAUCUGCAGUAUUAUGAAUUGUAAAAAGAAAUCCAGACAAGAAAAUAGACUAAAUUUGUCAAUACUUAUACUUAGAAAUUCCAGCCCGUCUUCACUGUAAUAACUGUCUUAAAUGAGACUAGCUGGCAUUGCUAGGCAUACCUCAACAGUAUGAAGAAUAGAGCUGCUGGACCUGUGGAUUUCAGUCAGGCUUUUACUCCUUGUCCAUCGCUAACACACCACCUGGUUUGGAUAUGGGUGGGGUUGGUUGAUGGGGUACAACCUUUGGUUCUCUGACUUUUAACAAGCACAUUCUAACACAAGUCCAUGCAGUCCCUUUUACAACAAUUAUGUUGUCUUUACUUGGACUAUACCUUUGUCUACCCUUGGCAUUGAAAUAUCACUUUCUGUUUAUAUUGCUUUUACAAAAAUUAACAUUUUGGAAUGAAAAUAAGAUUAAAAUAUGAAUAAGAAUUCUAUAAUGUAUCCUGUUGACAGUACUAGUAAAAUGUUUAUCUCAGUUGCUUACAAGUCUACAGAAUAGAUCCUACAAGUCUCAGGUGCACUUGAUUCAGACAUAGUGGAAAAAAUGUUUUGAGAGUGUGAUACAAAUAUAGUGAAAACAAUGUUCUGAUAAUGUUCUUCAGCAUUACUAUAGUUUAAAUAAAGAUAAUGAUAGGUAUGACUACUAUGCUAACUAAUAAUAAUAAUGUUAAUUCUACUGCUUGUAGCUUGGAUUGUGCUCAAGCUAUUUCCUAUACUGUGGCCUAAAAAUGUUAUUUUUAAAAAACUUAUGGAAAUUUAAACAAAUGUUUUGUGAUUGUUAAGAUGAUGAUAAAAACUAGUCUAUAUUUGAUUCAUUUUUUCUUUAAAACUACUUGCUUGAAAAUUUUCAAAUGCUGAUUUUAUACACUUUAAAAAAACUUGUAACAAUUGUAAAGUCAUAACAUGCAUUGCUGUUUUAUCUGUUAAAGAAAUUGUUAUUCCUGUUUCAAAAAUAACUCCUGAACUGUUAAGAAUUAGCUGAAUAUUUACAAUAUUGUGUAUUCUAAACUUUACUGUCUCAAUUUCUCUAACUUGCUAUACAUUCCAUUGCGUUUUAUAAUUAACGUGAUUGUAGCAAACAUAUUAUAAUAAGACAUACAUACUGAUGGAAGUAUGAAAUUCAUCAUCUAAAUGAGACUUUUAAAUAAUUUUUACUGAGCUUUGUGCAAAAUGACUGAAAAUUGAUCAAAUUAAUUAUUUAAAAUAAAUUUCAACCCUAGUUUCUCUUUUCUUUUUCUUUCUCCCAUUUUUGGGAAUAUGGGCAUAAUUGUAUGAACAAUGCAAUUUAUAUAAUUGACUGUUUUAAACUAUUUUUAUUGUUUUUAUCAUAACAAAUUAUCAAUUUCAAGUUUUAAACAUUAAUCACUUAAAUAUAUCACUUGGGCAUAAGUAUAUGGUUGUAGUAUUAAAUCAUGGCAUAUUUAUAAUCUUGUGUUUUUUUUAUCUUUGCUCACUUUAUUUUUUUUUGAGUUAAUGCGUGCAUUUUUAACCACUUUGUGACAUUAAAAAGAUCAUGAUAAUAUGUAUUUUAAAAUCUCUUAUGCUUGUUUGAAUAAUUUAAUAUUGUUCUUUUUUAUUGAAAACAAACAUAUACAUUAUUUAAAUUAAGCUAAGUGUUUAAUAUUGAAGAUGAUAAUAACAGUAUUGUUAGUUAACAUCUAAACAGGACAUUUAUGAAUGUCACUUGUGAUCUGAUGGUUUUUUCCAUGCAAAUAUUUAUUCUCAUUCUAUUGGUAUUUGCAAUGUAUUUCUAUUACAUUGGAAUAAAAACAUUUUUUGAGAUUUAUUGUUGCUACUUUUACUAUUUUAUUAUUUUUAUUGAGAGAAACCAGUUGUGUGUGUGUUAGUAUUGAAAACAAAUUGAAAUUUUGGUCAUGUCUUUACACCAAUAUUUGUAUUAUUUUUUUUAAAGUGAAAGAGGUAAUUGUUUUAAAGUCAUGAUUUUCCUCUAGUUUUAAGCUUUCUAUUGCACAGACAAAAUUAUAAUUUGCUUUAAAAAGCAACAAAAAAUGGAUGUUACUGAUUACUAAACAGAUUGUAGUAAGGAUAAGCACACCAUAAAUCUAUUAAAAUAAAAAACCACUUUAAGAGAAUCUUACAUUCUGUAUUUAAUAACCAUGUUCAUUAAGUAACAAAGAACAAUUGUGAUCUAGAAACUGUUUUGAGUGUUACUAUGGAUAUUUAUAUUUUGUAUGGUUUAUUAAUAUUUUAAAGUGUGGUUACAAAUCAGUUUUUUUUAGUCUGGCAAACUAUUAGAGCUUUUAGGUUUUUCUAAUGCAUUUCAAAUUUUUCAUUUUUAUGUGUUCAUCUAUUUCAAUUAAAAUUCAGUUUUCUUCUAUUCAGU